AAACACAGAUGAGUGAAUCAAGCACAGGUUCCUCGACUGACCUUGAUUGUGAUUAUAUGACAUAAUUUUAAUUUUUGGAAACGUAACUAAGUGACAACCUAUUUGUAUAACUUUUUUUUACAAAUUCGAUUUUCCUAUAUUGACCUUUUAUAUAUUCUAUACGAUCUGAUAACAUAACCGAUAAGUUGCUACUAGAUCGUGGAGUAAUAUUUGUUUCAAUUUUCUCAUGGGCUUUAUCGAUGAUGAAUUGCAAGAAGUAUCAAAACUUUGUCAAAAUGUUGUUGAUGGUAGUCGCCUCGUUUCCUGCGUACGCACUAUGGUGCGAGUGGAAAUAACAAAAACGAAGUUCAAAACAAUUAUCGCGUGUAUACAGUUCUCUAAAGACUAUCCCCGUACCCCACUGUUAAUUGAACUGAAAAGUAAGACUUUAUCUGUGAAAUUACUUGAUGGUUUAACUGAAGUCUGUGAAAAGGAAUGUAAAAAGUUUUUGGGAAAAGCACAAGUAUUGCCAAUAUUGAAAUUUAUCCGUAAUUUCAUUGAUGAAAAUCCCUUAAUUUGCUGUUAUGAUGAGAUCUCAGCCAUAAAAAGGAUUUUACAAAAUGAUGAUGAAUUAAAGUUGAAACAAAAACAUUCUUGUAUCGCUUUGAAAGUUCAACAAGGAUUAUAUUUUUUUAAGGCUAAGAUUGAAGUACCAGAUAAUUAUCCAGUUGCUUGCGUAAACUUAGAAGAUGCAGAUACAAAUUUUCCUUCAUUGUUUAUACGUCAUAUCAUUGGUCAAGGGAAAGAAAUAGCUAGACAAUGUGUGGAACCACCACUUAAGAAGAAGACACAAGCACCUUUUACACCUUCACCGUCCUUGAAAAUUGUUACUUCUUUUCUUAUAAAGUGUGUGAAGACUUUGCCACAAGAGCAUUGUCAAUCGUGCAGGCAAACAUGUUUACCAGUCAAUCCAGAAAAUGCAGAGACAAACGAAACUGCAGAUAUGCAUGUAGAGAGACUCUAUUGUGGACAUUUGUUUCAUUUACACUGUCUUGUGACAUUCAUGAAGACUCCUCCAUUCCAUGGGGGUAAAAAAUGCCCAACGUGUGGACAACGUAUUUAUCACGAAAAAUGGGGUGUAAGCGAUAAGCUUGCAGAAGAUCGUUGGGCACGCCAGCAAGCUCGUGCAAGAGAACUAGCUGAAGUAGAAGAUUUUUUCAACUGAGAUCUGUAAUUCAUUUGAAUCAUAUCUCAAUACGUGGUGAUAUUUUCACAAAAAUGCAAUAUAAUACGAAAGUCAUUGCUAUGGGCAGUUA